ACAUCUACGACGACCGGCUGUCAAAAUUUUGGGCGACGUGUCAUCAAGCGGGGAGUUGUAAAAUUUUCUAUGGUGGCAUGUUUCGUGAUAGUUUUUAGAGUAUUUUCCUUACACCAGAGCUCAUAAAGGCCGAAAAAAUGAGUCGCCCGAAAGUAAUAAGUCGUCAGACGGCGGGAUAUACUAGUUUAAUAACUUUUGCAGUGUUAUUUCUCGCGUGGGUGAGUGGAUUUUCAUCUCGUCUUUUUGCCGUCAUCCGCUUUGAGAGCAUUAUCCACGAGUUCGAUCCCUGGUUUAACUAUCGGGCUACGGCAUAUAUGGUGCAGCAUGGAUUCUACAAGUUCCUCAAUUGGUUUGAUGAAAGGGCUUGGUAUCCCCUUGGUAGAAUUGUGGGUGGUACAGUGUAUCCCGGGCUUAUGAUUACCUCUGGCAGUAUCCACUGGCUGCUCCAUCUACUUCACAUACCUAUUCACAUUAGAGACAUUUGUGUAUUCCUCGCGCCCAUCUUCAGUGGACUCACGGCCAUCUCCACUUAUCUGCUUACGAAGGAGCUGUGGUCUGCUGGUGCUGGUCUUUUUGCGGCCAGCUUCAUCGCCAUUGUGCCCGGAUACAUCAGUCGUAGUGUAGCUGGGAGCUACGACAAUGAGGGCAUCGCUAUCUUUGCCCUUCAAUUUACCUACUUCUUGUGGGUCAAGUCCGUGAAGACUGGUUCGGUAUUUUGGUCUUCAAUGGCAGCUCUAUCCUACUUCUACAUGGUAUCCGCUUGGGGUGGAUACGUCUUCAUCAUAAAUCUCAUUCCACUCCACGUAUUCGUACUACUCAUCAUGGGGCGCUACUCCCCACGACUCUUCACCAGCUACACCACAUUCUAUAUUCUUGGACUCCUUCUGUCCAUGCAGAUUCCAUUUGUGGGCUUCCAGCCCAUUCGCACCAGUGAACAUAUGGCUGCAUCUGGAGUUUUUGUUCUUCUCAUCGCAGUUGCUGUACUGCGUCAUAUGCAGACAGUACUCACGAAGCAGGAAUUCCGUCGGGUUUUCAUCAUCGGUGGCCUUUCAGCUGCUGGCUUGGUGUUUGUUGCUGUGGUCCUGCUCACAGUCACCGGCAUCGUAGCACCUUGGAGUGGACGAUUCUAUUCACUCUGGGACACCGGCUAUGCAAAGAUUCACAUCCCAAUUAUUGCCUCCGUAUCUGAACAUCAGCCUACAACAUGGUUUUCAUUCUUCUUUGAUCUCCAUAUCCUCGUGUGCACCUUCCCCGUUGGUUUGUGGUACUGCAUCAAACGCAUAAAUGACGAGCUCGUCUUUGUAGUCCUGUACGCAAUUAGUGCCGUUUACUUUGCUGGUGUGAUGGUUCGCCUCAUGCUCACACUCACACCUGUAGUCUGCAUUCUCAGCGGUGUAGCAUUUUCCGGACUCUUGGAAGUAUUUCUGAAGGACGAUAAUGCUCCUAUAAAUGCUGGAAAUGGUGCAGAGGAGAAUGAGGAACCUGUGGAGAGAAAGAGCAUGUAUGAUAAGGCAGGAAAAUUGAAACACAGACCAAAACAUGAGACUACAUCGCACGACACGUCCAAUUCCGGAGGUGCAGGAAUGGGGUCAAAUCUCAAAAGUGUGGUGAUUGUAGCAGUUCUCAUGAUUCUCAUGAUGUUCGCGGUCCAUUGUACGUGGGUAACGAGCAAUGCAUACUCUAGUCCAUCCAUUGUCUUGGCCUUCUACAAUAGUGCUGAUGGUACUCGAAAUAUCCUGGAUGACUUCCGUGAGGCAUACUACUGGCUAUCCCAAAACACUGCUGACGAUGCUCGGGUGAUGUCAUGGUGGGACUAUGGCUAUCAAAUAGCAGGAAUGGCAAAUCGGACAACUUUAGUAGACAACAAUACGUGGAACAACAGUCAUAUUGCACUCGUAGGCAAGGCAAUGUCGUCCCCGGAGGACAAAGCCUAUGAAAUAAUGACAUCUCUCGAUGUGGAUUAUGUAUUGGUGAUUUUUGGUGGUGUAAUUGGCUACUCUGGGGAUGACAUUAACAAAUUUCUGUGGAUGGUGCGAAUUGCUGAGGGUGAACAUCCUAAGGAUAUUCGUGAGAGUGAUUUCUUUACAGACCGUGGAGAAUUCCGAGUGGAUGCUGAAGGCGCACCUGCUCUGCUUAAUUGUCUGAUGUAUAAAUUGAGCUACUACAGAUUCGGCGAACUCAAACUCGAUUACAGAGGAGCUGCUGGAUAUGAUCGUACACGUAAUUCUGUAAUUGGCAAUAAAGACUUUGAAUUGACGUAUUUAGAGGAAGCAUACACAUCGGAACAUUGGCUUGUGCGUAUUUAUCGCGUGAAGAAACCUCAUGAGUUCAAUCGGCCCAAUUUAAAGGAAGACGACAGAGUGUUUCCAGUUAGUGAUUACGUAUCACGAAAGACUUCUAAGAGGAGAAAAGGUUCGAUUAAAAACCGGCCGGUCAUCGUAAAGGGCAAAAGGAGCACAGGAACGAAAUAAAAGGUGAUGUACAAUCACUUUUCUAUCAAUCCACUUUUGCAGUGUCAAUAUUCACGUUCAUAGAUUUUCAAGGGGGAUGUGAGAAAAGAGAAAAAAAUAAUGGGAAAACAAAUUGCGAAAAAAGGAAAACAUGAAAAACUCAAUUUACUACCAAAUGCCAAUAGAAUUACAAUGGGUCAUUUAAUCUGAUCCAAUGGAAGCAAAAGAUGAAAUUAAAAAAAAAAUGCAGAUAAAUUAUUUUCAUGUGGCCUUAAAAGUGUCCAGUCAACUGUUUUUUUUUGUGUUAAAAUUUGAAUUAGAAAAGAUGAAGUGUAAUGGAUUGGAAGAAGAUCGAAAUAAAUUGGUCAAUAAAAGAGUGCAUAAGUCUCUGAUAAUUCAAAAAUUUUCAAUACACAAGAUGAGUACGAGAGGAUGAUGACAUAGUUUAAAAGAAAUUGUAGAAACAAUUGAAACAUUCAGAAUUAUUUGUACAACUAUUCGUGUGAUGAUACCAAUUCUUUUAAGUAAAUUAGAUACAAGAACAUCUGUUCGAACUAGCAUUUGCAAUUGAUGUAUAAUUAAUAUUUUGUUCCCAAAGUUUGAAAGAAAGCAAAAAAAUUAGCGUGAUUUUCUUUUUUUUUUUUUUGUUUGAUACACCAUUCACGAAAACACUAUUUUGAAUUAAUUCUGUUUCUGUUGAAAUUUAACGUCUUUAUAUGUAUAAAUAAUGAAAUAUUAAUUAAGUUAUACAUAUGAAAACAAAGAGGAUGAUCUUUUUUUUGGGAAAUAAAUGAUGGAAGUAUAUAGAACUGGA